UAAUAUCCGUAUUGCACCAAAAUAAGGUAUUUCUUGACCCACUUUAUACAAUAAUGAUUCUACAGACAUAUAGCGAGGUGUCUGUCAUGGAUCAAGAAAGGUAUAAAAGUCAGAGAUCAUAAAAAGGCUUUUAUUGAAAAUACAAAUAAUGUUAGACUCUUGUGUCUCAGUUUCAAUUCUCCUCAGUGCAUUUGUAGUGCCACAGUUGAUAAUAUGUUCAGAAACGGAUGAAGUGAUAUCAGAACCUGAACGAUUGUUCAAUUAUUUGAUGUCUAAAAAUGUAACAAAAGAAAAUACAUUUUUCAAAUUCAUCUUCCCAGGGACUCGAUGGUGUGGGGAUGGAGAUAUAGCGAAAGAUGAAGAAGAACUUGGAUUUUUCAAAGAAACUGAUGCUUGUUGUAGAGAACACGAUCUUUGCUCUGAUGUGAUAUAUGCAGGAGAAUCAAAAUAUGGACUUACUAAUAAAGGUUUUUUCUCAAGAGUUAGUUGUUCUUGCGAUGACAACUUUUACAAAUGUUUGUCAUCUCUUUGUUCACCACUAGCUGCCUGCAUCGGAAUAACAUAUUUUGAUAUUUUGAGACCUAAUUGUUUUACAUACGAUGCUCCUGUUACUUGUGCCAAAGAAGAGAGUAAGAUAUUAUUUGGCAAGAGAUGCCUGCAAUACAAAGUAGAUAAGACGAAACCUAAAACUUGGCAUUGGAGAGAAACGGAAAAAUUCGAACUCUCCAAAACCUCUGAACACCUUGCGGACUGUUUUAAAAACGUUACUCUUGAAAAAAUGAAACCUACGAAGAAACAAAUGUCGAAGUUCAUUCACGAACAUGGAAUAGAAUCAUUGGACAGAAUAUGUUAUAAUGCUCCAAAUUCUUGGUAUCAACAAAAUCUUUGCAACAAAAAUGCUUCCAAGUCAAUCGAUCAAAAAAAUUGAUUAUGUUUAUUUAUAAAUAACACAAAUAUAUUUCAGAUUCAUUUGCAAGUCUGAUGUG